AUGAACACCCUUAGAUGUGAAGACUGUAGAGUGGUAUCUGCGUCUGUCACCUGUUGCCAGGGUGACAUUCUGUUAUGUCAAAGCUGCAAUGGAAAACGUUUUGGAAGUGAUAGUGGUGAUAAGAAUACUGAUGAAUCAUUGAGAAUAUCUAACACAGCUAGUGGCGUGAUAAUUAAUGAGAUGCUGUGCUUCAUUGUAAAUAAAAAUGACAUCCUUACGACCGGUGUCAUCGUCAAGCUUUGUACUGAUUACUUUGUGGACGAAGAGGUUGAAUCGUCCAAGAAAACCUUGUUCGAGUUAUGUGGAAAUGAUCGCGCGCGAUAUAUUAAACGACAAGGUCCAAAUAAACGAUCUAACAAUAUUCUAGAUGUAGUAAAGUUGGUCCAUGAGACGGAUUUCGAGGAUCUCCCUAGUUUUGUUGCGAAAGACUUAUCGAAAUUACCACCAAUCGACAUAACGCAUGUAGAUAUCUCGGCAGUUAUGAAGGAAAUGACAGCCCUAAGGCGAGACAUGACGGAACUGAAAGAUCAAGGAAUGUUCCGGUCGGCUUCAAGCUGUGAAAUACUGCAAGAUGUACAGAAUUUGCGUCAAGAGAUUGACGACCUUAAAAAUGGACUUAAAGAGUCUCGCAUGGAGUUGAACUGUAUGACUGAUACUGCAAAUGCAGUUCCCAUGGCUACUGAUUGUUUACCAUCGCCAUCUGGUCAUAAAACUAGUAAAGUAAGUUGCAAUGCUGAACCUACUCUGCAACAUUCCUCUCCAUCGGUUACUUAUGCAGGUAUAGUUUCGUCGCAUACGUCUCAUGAAAUGAAUGAAAGAAAACCUGCCCAUGGAAAAUUUAAUAUGAAAUUACGUGACAAAAACAGUGAUGGUUUUACCACCGUGAACCGUAAACGUAAAAAUCAACGAGGCCCCAGAGUGGGCACUGCUGAUCCAGACAGAGACUGUGCCAUUAAAGUUGUUCAUUACAAUCCACCAUUUAGGGCGUUUAUUACCAGGCUUUCACCUUUGACAUCAACGGAAGAUAUUCAAAGCUUUGUUAAAAAGUCGCUUAACGUGCAAGUUAACUGCGAAAAACUCAAAACUAAGUUCGACACAUACUCUUCAUUUCUUAUUGAAACCACGCGAGAGUUCUCUGGGCAGAUUAUGGACCCCACUGUUUGGCCAACUGGAAUUCUUAUUCGCAAGUAUUACUAA